AUAAUCUUAUUAAAGCAAUAUUUGGAGUUAAUUAUUUAUCUCAAAUUCAUGCUUCACUUAACAAUAUUGAUAAGUUAAGAAGACUUGUAUCUAAGGUUCAAAAAAUUCAUCAUCCAUUUGGUCAAGGGCUUCUUAAAUAUUUUGAAAUUGAUUUAUCUUUUAAAAGAGUUUCUGGUGAAAUAAAUGAAUUUGAAAUUAAUUGCUAUAACAAAAAAUGUGAAUUAA